UGAGAGAAAGAGCGUGCAGGAGAGGAGAGUGAGUUGGAGAGAGCGGCUGAGAUUGUCGGUACAAUGCAGACGUUCGGAGCUUAUAUACUUUAUGAAAAGCCACCAAACAAAGGACGUUUGUGUUGAAAUAGUUUUAGUGAAGAGUGCUCUGCCAACAUGCAGAACCACGUGACUUCACUGCUGGUGGUUCUUCUGGUCCUGUGCGGCCGCACAAGGAACCAAAGCCUAGACACUGCCCCUGACCCUCAGUUUACCCAAUCUGUUUACAAUGCUACCAUUUAUGAGAACUCUGCUGCUAAAACCUAUGUGGAAAGUCCUGUCAAAAUGGGAAUCUAUAUCACAGACCCUACCUGGGAAAUACGGUACAAAAUUGUGUUGGGAGACAACGAGAACCUGUUCAAAGCUGAGGAGUACCAAUUGGGAGACUUUAUUUUUUUGCGAAUAAGGACCAAAGGAGGUAGCAGUGCCAUUCUUAAUCGGGAGGUUAGAGACCACUAUAUUCUCACAGUAAAAGCCACGGAAAAGAACUCAAAUGCUGAGGCUCAGACAAGAGUCAGGGUUCAGGUACUGGACACAAAUGACCUUAGGCCACUGUUCUCCCCAACUUCUUAUAGCAUAUCAUUACCUGAAAACACAGCUAUUCGCACAAGUGUAGCCAAGGUGAUGGCAACGGAUGCAGAUAUCGGUACGAACGGAGAGUACUAUUACAGCUUUAGGGAGUGGACAGACAUGUUUUCGGUCCACCCCACGAGCGGUGUGGUUACGCUAACUGGAAAGCUGGACUAUUCCGACACAAAGCAGUAUGAAUUAGAGAUUUUAGCAGUGGAUCGAGGCAUGAAGCUUUAUGGUAGCAGUGGGUUUAGCAGCAUGGCUAAGUUAAUGGUACGAGUGGAGCAGGCCAAUGAACAUGCACCAGUUAUUACUGCAAUAACACUAGCACCAUCAGACACAGAUAAGGACCCUACUUACGCUAUUGUGACUGUUGAAGACAAUGACCAAGGAGCUAAUGGUGAGAUAGCGUCUCUCAGCGUUGUUGCAGGUGACCCUCUUCAGCAGUUUAAGACCAUGAGGACAAGUCCAGGCAGCAAGGAAUACAAAAUCAAAGCGGUUAAGCAGGUUGAUUGGGAUAGUCAACCCUUUGGAUACAAUUUAACACUGCAAGCCAAAGACAAAGGAAGUCCACCCCAGUUUUCAUCCGCAAAGGUCAUCCAUGUCACUUCCCCCAACUUUAAAGUAGGGCCUCCUAAAUUCAAUCAAGCUGUUUUCAGAGUUAAUGUGAGUGAGUUUGCCCCGCUACACACACCUGUCGUAAUGGUAACAGCUGUGCCAAAGUAUCCUCAUCUUAAGUAUGCAUUUAGACACAAAUUGAAUAAAAAUAAUUUUGCUAUUAAUGCAGAUUCUGGCUUGAUCACAACAGCUGGGCCCAUUUAUGCAGACUCUGUGUCCAGAUAUGAAUUAGAAGUUGUGACCAGUGACAAAAAAGCAUCAACUAAAGUCGUUAUUGAUGUGAUCGAUGUAAACAACAAUGCCCCUGAAUUCAAACAGACAUCUUUCAGAGCUAGUGUUGAUGAAAAUGUGCCACUAGGUACUAGUGUACUAACAGUGAAAGCCACUGAUUUAGACAGUGGGGAGAAUGGAUAUGUCACUUACAGCAUCGCCAAUGCGAAUCCCCAGCCAUUUGUUAUUGAUUACUUCUCUGGUGCCAUCAGUACUUCAGAGCUUUUGGAUUAUGAACUGAUGGCAAGAAUUUAUACUUUGAAAGUGCGGGCAUCGGACUGGGGUUCUCCUUUCCGCCGUGAGGUGGAAACUCUGGUUACAGUUACGCUUAACAACCUUAAUGACAACAAGCCACUUUUUGAGAAUGUAGAGUGUGAUGUGACUGUGCCAAGAGAUCAUGGUGUUGGUGAGCAAAUCACGACAGUGUCUGCUAUUGAUGCUGAUGAGUUGCAGCUGGUGCGGUACACAAUACAAUCUGGCAAUGACUUAAAUCUUUUCGAUCUGAAUCCAAACUCAGGCGUGCUGUCUUUGAACCAGCCGAUGAGUGAGGGUGAGGCAUCAAAAGUGUCCUUGCACAGCUUGCAGAUCGUAGCCAGUGAUGGAGAAUAUGAAACUCAGCCCAUGUUUUUGAACAUUACGGUCGUUACAGCACGUAAACCUGUCCAAGUUAAAUGUGUUGAUACUGGAGUCGCCAGCAUGCUGGCAGAAAAGCUCCUUCAAGGUAGCAAGAUCCACAGCCAAAGUGAACCCGAAGACAACUUCCAAGACAUUCACUCUGUGAAUCGCUUUGCACCUCAGUUCGUGGAGAUGUUUCCCAGUGUAUUGGAGGUCAAAGAAGACUUACCUGUUGGGGCUAGGAUUGUCCUUCUUAGUGCUUCAGAUUCUGAUAGUGGUUUUAAUGGAAAACUGGUUUACGUUAUCUCUGGGGGUGAUGCAGAGAGUUGUUUUUUUAUUGACAUGGACAGUGGAUGGCUCAAAGUAAAUUCUCCACUUGACAGAGAAACAACCGAUCACUAUACAUUGAACAUUACUGUGUAUGACCUUGGAAUACCCCAGAAGUCCUCUUCACGCCUACUGGAUGUAAAGAUUCUGGAUGCUAAUGACAACAGCCCACAGUUUUUGCAGGACACAUACUCUGUGCAAAUCAGUGAGAUCACAUCUGUUGGCACAGAAAUCAUUCAAGUUGAAGCAAAAGAUAAAGAUCUUGGGGAUAAUGGUGUCAUCAGAUACUCCAUUUUGGCUGACACAGAUCAAUUUGAUAUUGAUACAGAGACAGGUAUUGUUACGGUGAAGAAGCCUUUAGACCGGGAGAUGCAAGCCAGUUUUGUGCUUAAGAUAGCAGCUAGCGAUCAGGCCACUACAGAACCUCAACUUAUUUCAAAUAUGUUACUGAAAAUCACACUGGAGGAUGUAAAUGACAACCCUCCAAAGUUUAUUCCAAAUUAUCAGGUUAAAGUACGGGAGGAUCUGCCCAUCGGUACUGUUAUAAUGUGGCUGGAAGCUCAUGACCCAGAUGUUGGACCUUCUAGCCAGGUACGAUAUAGCCUUGUAGACAGCGGGGAUGGGAAGUUUGAAGUGGACAAAUUGAGCGGUGCUGUGCGAAUUGUGCAGAAUCUGGAUUACGAAAAAAAGCAGGUGUACAGUCUCACGGCAAGAGCAAAGGACAAAGGGAAACCCAUAUCUUUGUCUUCAAGUUGUCACAUUAAGGUUGAAGUAGUGGAUGUGAAUGAGAAUCUGUACAGACCAUUGUUCCCAUCGUUUUUGGAUAAAGGAUUUAUCAAAGAGGAUGUGCCCAUUGGAACAUCGGUGAUGAAAAUCAAAGCUCAGGAUGAGGAUAAAGGAAGAGAUGGAGAAAUCCGUUACUCCAUUCGUGAUGGGUCAGGUCUGGGGAUCUUUACCAUCGAUGAAGAAACUGGUGUGAUUCGAACACAGGAGCUGCUGGAUCAUGAAACCGUGCCCCACUACUGGCUGACAGUCUAUGCCACGGACUGUGGUGUUGUCCCACUCUCUUCCUUCGUGGAGGUGUACAUAGAAGUCCAGGAUGUCAACGAUAAUGCUCCACAGACCUCUGAACCAGUCUAUUACCCCUCAGUCAUGGAGAACUCACCCAAAGAUGUCUCCAUCAUCCAAAUCGAGGCGUUUGACCCGGACACCAAGUCCAGUGAAAAGCUUUCUUACAAGAUCACUAGUGGGAACCCCCAGGGCUUUUUCAGCAUCAGCCCUAAGACAGGUCUGGUCACCACUACGUCCCGGAAGGUUGACAGAGAGCAACAGGAUGAACACAUUCUGGAGAUCACAGUGUCUGAUCAAGGCAUUCCUGUCAAGUCCACUAUGGUCAGAGUCAUCGUCAAAGUCUUGGAUGAGAAUGACAACAAGCCACAGUUUAUGGAGAAAGUCUACAAAAUCAAACUCCCUCAGAGAGAAAAAACUGAAAAAGAGCGUUUAACGAAGAGAGAUCCAGUGUAUCGUGUCAUCGCAUCAGAUCGAGAUGAAGGACCAAAUGCUGAGAUCUCCUACAGCAUCGAGGACGGGGAUGAGCAGGGCAAGUUCUUCAUUGAGCCCAAAACUGGCCUGGUUUCUUCUAAGAAGCUGUCCACUGCUGGAGAGUAUGAUAUCUUAACGAUUAAAGCAGUAGAUAAUGGUCGACCCCAGAAAUCAUCCACCUGCCGUCUACACAUCGAAUGGAUCCCCAAGCCGGAGCCAAGUGGUGUCCCUCUGGCAUUUGAUGAGCCAUUUUACUCCUUUUCCGUCAUGGAAAGCGACCCUGUGGCACACAUGAUCGGGGUCAUAACAAUGGAUUCUUUGGAUACACCGGUCUGGUUUGAGAUAACAGGUGGUAAUUCUGACAGUCGAUUUGAGGUGGGGAAAGCGAGUGGGACUAUGAUUGUGGCCCAAGCGCUGGACGCAGAGCAGAAAUCCCAUUAUAACUUGACGGUGGAUGCAACAGAUGGCACCAGAUCUGUCAGCACACAGGUUCUUAUUAAAGUGAUUGACACCAACAACCAUCGACCCCAAUUCUCUCAGCCCAAGUAUGAAGUGAACGUCCCUGAAGAUACCGCACCAGAGAGAGAGGUGCUAAGGAUUACAGCUACAGAUCAGGAUGAGAAGAACAAGCUUACAUUCACCCUCCUUAGCAGCACUGACCCAUUCAGUCUACGCAAGUUCCGACUAGAUCCUGGAACCGGGGUGCUGUACACUGCGGAGAGACUAGACCAUGAGACCAUGCAGCAACAUACACUAACUGUAAUGGUUCGAGAUCAGGACAUUCCUGUGAAGCGGAACCUGGUGCGUGUGAUUGUAAACGUGCAGGACACCAAUGACAAUGCACCAUGGUUCUCUGGCUCACCUUAUGUGGGCCGUGUGUUUGAGUCUGCUGCUGUUGGCUCUGCUGUGCUUCAAGUCAUGGCUCUUGACAAAGACAAAGGCCAGAAUGCUGAGAUUGUCUACAGCAUUGAGUCAGGAAAUGUUGCCAAUUCAUUUGCCAUUGAUCCUGUACUAGGCACAAUUACUGUGGCAAAAGAGUUGGACCGUAGCAACAAGAAUCAAUUUGAGCUAACUGUGAAAGCCUCUGACAGAGGAACACCACCACUGAGUGCAACUGCUGUUGUUGACAUAACUGUCACUGUUUCAGACAAUGCUGUCCCUAAAUUUACAAAGAAGGAGUUUUCUGCUGAGGUCAGUGAAACUGCACUCCCUGGAACCUUUGUGAGUCUGGUUACUGCUACUAGCCAAUCCUCAGUGUUCUACCAGAUUAAAGAUGGAAAUGUAAAUGGAGCAUUUGAUGUCAACCCUAAUUCUGGAGUGGUCGUGACCCAUUCAGUUCUGGAUUACGAGACAAUGCCGUCAUACAAACUAACUGUUCAGGGAACUAACAUGGCCGGUCUGGCUAGCAACACUACUUUACUGAUUCACUUGAAGGAUAAGAAUGAUAAUGCUCCAGCAUUCAUUCAAGAUGAGUUCACUGGAAUGGUCAGCGAAUCUUCUCCUGUUAACAGUGUAGUCCUCACCAAAGACAACACACCACUUGUCAUCCGUGCUUUAGACUAUGACCGUGAUGCUAACUCAAGGCUGGUCUAUCAGAUUGUUGAACCAUUCGCCCAUAAUUACUUUGCCAUAGACUCUAGCACUGGUGCAAUAAGAACGAUUAGUGAAUUGGAUUACGAGCAAAAAUCAUUGUUCCGCUUUUCUGUUCAAGUCCAUGACAUGGGAAUCCCCCGUUACUUUGCGGAAAAGUCUGCAAAUGUGACUAUUGAGAUUAUUGAUGUCAAUGAUUGCCCACCUCAGUUUAGCCAGGACCUUUAUGAAACCACUGUCUUACUGCCAACUUACAAAGGUGUGGAGGUGAUCAAAUUCAAUGCCACAGAUGCAGAUUCAGGUCCAAAUUCUAGGCUUUUUUACUCUAUUAUCGAAGGCAAUAUAGGAGAGAAGUUUAAAAUGGACCCGGUCACUGGGGUUAUCACUAUUCAAAAUGUCACUCAGCUUAGAAGCAGGUAUGAGCUCAGAGUUAGAGUGUCUGAUGGUAGAUUUUCUAAAACAGCUUUAGUAAAAAUAAAUGUCAAAGAGAAUAAGGAAAGCACUCUGAGGUUCACUCAAGAAACAUACAAGGCUUUUGUGCUGGAGAAUUCCUUAGAGAAGAAGACUUUAGCUGUAAUAGCAGCAGUUGGAAACCAAGUUAACGAACCUUUGUUUUACACAAUACUGAAUCCUGAUAAGAGAUUCCAGAUCAGCCAUACCUCAGGAGUGCUCUCCUCCACGGGCAUACCCUUCGAUCGGGAAGAGCAAGGUGUAUUUGAUAUUGUGGUUGAGGUUACCAGAGAAGACAAGUCAACUGAUGUAGCCCAUGUCCUUGUGACUGUAAUAAUUGAGGAUGCCAAUGACAACCCACCCGUGUUUGUCAAUCUACCCUAUCGGGUAUUGUUGCAGGUUGACUCUGAGGUGGGUCACGUUAUCACACAGGUGAAUGCAGUUGAUGCAGAUAUUGACAGAAAUGCCAGGAUAAGCUACCACCUUCAGCAGCUAAAUGAGUACAUUCAGAUCAGUAAAGAUGGUGAAAUCUCUUUAAAAAAGAAGCUUGAGAAGGACUCUCUUAAUACUGUACUUUUAAUCACUGUUGAAGCCAGAGAUGGAGGUGAAACAUCACUUUCCUCAACUGUCCAAGUGGCAAUAAUGGUUGUAAACAAAGCAAUGCCUGUGUUUGAAAAAGCAUUCUACAGUCUGGAGAUCCCAGAGAACAUACCGUUACUGACACCUGUCAUUCACAUACAGGCUAAUGGCUCUGAAGGUCCCAGAAUUGUUUACACAGUCACAGAAGGGGACCCUCUCAAUCAGUUUUCCAUCAACUUCAAUACUGGUGUCAUUCAGGUUGUGAAGACUUUGGAUUUUGAGACACACCCAGCCUAUAAGCUCAGCAUUAGGGCCACAGAUUCACUAACUGGUGCCAAAGCCGAAGUCUUUGUUGACAUAAUCGUGGAAGAUGUUAAUGAUAACCCACCUGUGUUUCAUCACAAUUUGUACAAUGCAAAUCUUUCGGAGGCUUCGGUAAUUGGGACGUCUGUAUUACAAGUCUCAGCAUCAGAUGCGGACACCGGUAGCAACAAAGUGCUCUUUUACCAGAUUGUUGAAAAUAAAGAUAAGACCUCAGAAUACUUUAGUAUUGACAGAGACACAGGAACAAUCUGGACAGCUCACAUGCUUGACCAUGAAGAGAAGACCCUACACAAGCUGAUAAUUAGAGCAGUGGAUGGUGGAGUGCCUGCCCUUUCCAGUGACGCCACAGUGUUAAUUGAUGUAACUGACCUUAACGACAAUGCUCCAGUGUUCUUCCAAAAUGUCUAUGAGGCUACAGUCAGUGAACUGGCACCCCGUGGCCACUUCGUCACCCAGGUUCAGGCUUCAGACGCUGAUAUCUCAGAUAGCGGAAGGCUUGAGUUCUCAAUUAUAUCAGGAAACGAAGGGCAGAACUUUGCAUUGGAUCCAAACACAGGGGCCAUAUUCAUAUCUAACCACCGGAAACCCCACAUGGAGUCUGUUUACAACCUUAGUGUGUCAGUGUCAGAUGGUGUAUUCAGGAGCUCAGCUAUUGUGAAGGUUAAUGUUAUUAAUGCUAACUUUCACAAUCCUACCUUCAACCAGUUGGAUUAUGUGGUUGAGCUUCUUGAGAACUCACCAGUUGGGACAUUUGUGGCAGAGGCUCAAGCAACAGAUGACGACUCAGGCACAUAUGGAAGACUCACCUUCCAUAUAGUCAAUGAUAUUGCCAAAGAUAAGUUCUCGAUCUCUGAAAAUGGAGAGAUUUUCACUUUGGAGAGUUUUGACCGAGAGAAUGCAUUGGAGAAAGUGAUUCCAAUUUCUUUAAUUGCCAGAGAUGGUGGUGGCAAAGUUGGAUUCUGCACCGUAAAUGUGAUCUUAACGGAUAUCAAUGAUAAUGCUCCUCAGUUCAGAGCUGCUGACUACAAAGUUAAUGUAGCUUCCGAUGUGCCAAGAGGAACAACAAUACUUAAGAUUGCAGCCUCCGACAUGGAUGAAGGCAGUAAUGCUGACAUCACCUAUUCUAUUGAAGCAGAAGCAGAAAAUGUUGAGGAGAAUUUUGAAAUCCACCAGUUCAGUGGUGUCAUUGUAACCAAGGAAAGCCUCAUUGGAUUGGAGAACGUACUCUAUACAUUUCUUGUAAGAGCAAAAGAUGGUGGAAACCCCACCAAGUCCUCUGUUGUUCCAGUCUAUGUCAGGAUACUUGCUCCAGAGGUCCCAGUACCAAAAUUAAUUGAGUCUCACUACAGAUUUGCCAUCGAUGAGGAUCUUACCCUUGGUUCAGAAAUAGAUGUCAUUCAGGUUGAGAGUGACCAGCCAGUCAUUUACAGUCUAGUAAAAGGGAAUACUCUUGAGAGCAACCAGGAUGAGGUAUUUGUGGUUGACCCCGACUCAGGAUCUUUGAAGCUGGAAAAGAAGCUUGACCAUGAGAGCACCAAAUGGUAUCAGCUAACUUUUCAAGCACAAAGUGAAUAUGAGGGCAACAAAGUUGUCUCCUCUGUGGAUAUUAGCAUCCAGGUCAAGGAUGUCAAUGAUAAUCGACCAUAUUUUGAGUCCAAUCAUUACGAAGCUUUUGUAGUGGAAAAUCUCCCAGGUGGCACCUCUAUUAUACAGGUUAAAGCCACAGACCUGGACUCAGGCACUAAUGGCCAAGUGGUUUAUAAUUUGGAUCCCAACCAAGAGUCAGAGGGCAUAGAUGAAUUGUUUGCCAUCAACAGUGAGACUGGAUGGAUUACCACAUUAAAGGAACUUGACCGUGAGAAGAGAAAUAUGUACACAGUUUCAGUCUUAGCCACUGACCGUGGAGACAAAAUACAACUGACGACAAGUACCAAGGUGGAUGUCACAGUGGUAGAUGUGAAUGACAACCCACCACGGUUCACAGCAGAGAUCUAUAAGGGCACAGUAAGCGAAGAUGACCCACCUGGUGGAGUCAUUGCCAUUCUUAGCACCACAGACUUGGACACAGAGGACAAUAACAAACAAAUGAACUACUUUAUCACAGGUGGAGACCCCUUUGGACAGUUUGGCAUUGAGCACACUCAAGGUGAGUGGAAGGUAUCAGUGCGAAAGCCUCUGGACAGGGAGGAGAGGGACAAUUACUUGCUAAACAUUACUGCCACUGAUGGGACCUUCACUGCCAAAUCUGUGGUGGAAGUCAAGGUCUUGGAUGCUAACGACAACAGCCCAAUUUGUGAGAAGUCUCUCUAUACAGAGAGUGUCCCAGAGGAUUCCCCAGCUGGUCGGUUGAUCCUGCAGGUCUCCGCUACAGAUGAUGACAUCCGUUCCAAUGCGCAGAUCUCCUACGAAUUGCUGGGACCUGGCUCUGAGCACUUCAUCAUUGACUCUGAAACAGGUGAAUUGAAAACACUGCUCCCUCUGGAUCGGGAGCAAGAGGAGGUGCACAAGAUGAAGGUGCGUGCUCUGGAUGGAGGCGGACGCUUUUGUGAAGCAGAUGUUGAGAUCUCAGUUGAGGACGUCAAUGACAACGCUCCGCAGUUCAUCUCUGACCCCUACACCUUCACUGUGUUUGAGAACACAGAGAUAAACACACCUGUGGCCCGCCUCUACGCCUCUGACCUUGACACAGAUUUUAAUGCAGAAAUUCUCUACUCCCUGCUGGACUCUGCUAAUGGGGUGUUCUCCAUCGAGGAGGAGACUGGUGUCAUGCGACUGGAUCGUCCUCUGGACCGUGAGCUUCAGUCGCUCUACACCCUCCGUGCCCGGGCCACUGACCGCGGCUCCCCACACCACUCCUCUCUCACCACUGUCACCAUUUCUAUCCUGGAUAUCAACGACAACCCUCCCAUCUUCGAGCGUCGUGAGUACAUGGCCACCAUUGCUGAAGACAUCGCCGUGGGCACUCAGGUGUUCCGGGUACAUGCUGCCAGCCGAGAUGCAGAAGCAGGUGCAGAGAUUACUUACGCAAUCAUCAACGGAAACGAGAGAGGAGCAUUCCGUGUGGACCCCAAUACAGGUGGUAUCUUUGUGAUCGAACCUUUGGACUAUGAAACAGAUCAUGUGUUUUAUCUAACUAUGGAGGCUACAGACGGAGGCACGCCAUCACUCAGCGACAUGGCUACGGUAAACAUCAACCUGACUGAUGUGAACGACAACAGCCCUGUCUUCAACCAAGACAUCUUCUCAGCUGUGAUCAGUGAAGAUGCAGAGCUGGGAAAGGCCGUGCUUACUGUUAUGGCUGACGAUGCAGAUGGCCCAUCCUGUAAUCAGGUACGCUUCUCCAUCAUUGACGGCAAUCAAGGCAGUCCAUUCACCAUCGACCCUGUCAGAGGAGAGGUCAAGGUGGCCCGCCAGCUCGACAGAGAGAAGACUUCAGGUUACACACUGAUGGUGUUGGCCUCUGAUAAUGGAAGCCCGGCUCGAUCAAGCAGCGCUACAGUCAACAUAGACGUCUCAGACAUAAAUGAUAACCCACCUCUCUUCUCUCAGGCCAACUACAGCAUCAUUAUACAGGAAAACCAGCCAGUUGGUACCAGCGUUCUCCAGCUGACUGUGUCUGAUCGUGACGCCUCCCACAAUGGACCUCCUUUCACAUUUUCCAUUGUCAGCGGGAACGAGGGUGAUGCCUUCCAAAUCACUCCUCAGGGCAUGCUAGUCUCUGCAGCAACACUGAGCCGUCAGGCCCAAGAGUUCUACGUCCUACAGGCACAGGUGACAGACAGUGGUCUACCGCCACUAGUCUCUAUGGCAUUUUUGAGUGUUCAUCUGAUUGAAGAGAGCAUCUAUCCUCCUGCCAUUCUACCCUUGGAUAUCUUCAUCACCACGUCAACAGAUGAAUAUUCCGGUGGGGUUCUCGGAAAAAUACAUGCCACCGAUCAGGAUGUUUAUGACACUCUAACCUACAGCCUCGUCCCUGAUAGUUCCUCCACCUCCCAACACUCUGGCCUCUUCUCUGUAUCACCUGCUGAUGGGAAGCUUGUGGUCCGUGGGAAUCUGGACGCUGGUCAGUACGUCUUUAACAUUACAGUGACAGAUGGCCGCUUUACCUCAGCUGCCCGAGUCAACAUUCAUGUAAGGCAGGUAGCAGCACAAGCACUUGACAACUCCAUCGCUGUACGUUUCGCCGCUAUAGCACCAGAGGAGUUUAUCGGAGAUUAUUGGCGCAACUUUUUGCGAGCCUUGCGUAAUAUUGCCGGUGUUAGACGUGGAGAUGUGCAGUUAGUCAGCUUACAACCUGCUGCUGAUGCUUCUGGUGACCUCGAAGUCCUUCUAGCACUGGAGAGGUCAGGAAGUCCAUUCCAGCCACAGGAAGUGGUGUACAGGAAGUUGAAUGCUUCAGUUGGAGUCAUUGAAGAGAUGACUGGUGUCCGUAUUGUACGUGUUGUUAAGAAACUUUGUGCCGGAUUGGAAUGUCCUCUUAGUUACUGCCAAGAGACAGUUUCCUUGGAGACAGGAGCAGUGUCGGCCUACAGCACAGCAAGGAUCAGUUUCGUUACGCCACGUCACAUGCGCACAGCUAAGUGUCUUUGUGAAGGAGCUCAGUGUCCUGUCUUGAAUAAACUGUGUGAAGCAAGCCCCUGUCCUGAUGGCAUGGAGUGUGUAGAAGAUCCCACUCACACCAAGUUCAGCUGCAUCUGUCCAGAAGGAAAACAGGAGGAUUGUGGAGAGAGUGAGUCCUUAACGUUCAGUGGUAACGGAUAUGUACGGUACAGGCUGAUGGAGAACGAGAAUAAGGAAGAAAUGAAGCUGUCCCUCAGAUUGAGAACAUUCUCUACCCACGCUACUGUCAUGUAUGCCAAAGGCACAGACUACAGCAUACUGGAGAUUGUGAACGGCCGUCUACAGUAUAAGUUUGACUGCGGCAGUGGCCCUGGUGUGGUGUCUGUCCACAGUACCCAGGUCAGUGAUGGACAGUGGCACACAGUCUCUCUCGAGGUAGAUGGCAACUACGCUAGACUGGUCCUGGAUCAGGUCCAUGCCGCAUCAGGCACAGCACCAGGCACUCUGCGCACCCUCAACCUGGACUCCAGCAUCUUCUUUGGGGGCUAUGCCCGGCCAGUGUCUGGCUCAGGGAGACUGGUGGUGAACGGGCUUCGGGGCUGCCUGGAAGGGAUCGUGUUCAAUGAGAGGGAGCUGCCGCUGUCUCAGGUUCGAGGAGUUCACUCAGUCCUGGAGGAGCUGGUCGAGGCGGCUCCUGGGUGCAGCUUGUCUCCACUGGUCCAGGGCUGCUCCAGUAACCCCUGCAACAAUGCAGGCACAUGUUCAUCACUGCCUAAUGGAGGGUAUUUCUGUAAGUGCACCGCUGCAUUUAUGGGCACACACUGUGAAGUCAGUAUCAGUCCCUGUGCUUCUAAUCCCUGUCUCUAUGGAGGUACUUGUGUCCCACGUGGAGGAGACUUCUACUGCCAGUGCAGAGGACAAUAUUCUGGCCAACGGUGUCAGCUGGGUCCAUACUGCAAAGAUAACCCAUGCAAGAACAGCGGCAAGUGCAUCGAUAGCCUGGACGGCCCUGUGUGCGAGUGUGAACCUGGUUUUCAAGGAAACAGGUGCCUCAGUGAUGUUGAUGAGUGCCUGAAGAACCCUUGCGCUAAUGGCGGUCACUGCCAAAACACAUACGGCUCCUUCAACUGUAACUGCUCCAUGGGCUAUAGCGGAGGACAGUGUGAACUCCGUGCCGAAAUCCGCAAUGAAUUUGUCUCUACCUCUUGGAACAUCGGCCUGGAGGAAGUUAUUGGAAUCGUCGUCUUCGUCACCUGUAUCUUCCUUCUGGUCCUUCUCUUCGUCUUGGUUCGAAAGCGAAUAUGCCGGCGCUCAAAAUCCAAAUCUGACGAUGACGACAAGCAUUGCAUAGGAAUGGGGGCUCCACACUCCUUCCUCCAACGGCCAUACUUCGAUGCAAAACUCAACAAGAACAUCUACUCUGACAUCCCGCCGCAGGUCCCUGUGCGGCCCAUCUCCUACACUCCCAGCAUUCCCAGUGAUUCCCGCAACAAUCUGGACCGCAAUUCCUUUGAGGGCUCAACCAUACUGGAGCACCCAGAAUUCAGCACGUUCAACCCCGACUCGGUGCACGGACACAGAAAGACAGUGGCCGUUUGCAGUGUUGCACCUAACCUGCCUCCUCCCCCUCCCUCGAAUUCAGUGUCCGACAGCGACUCCAUACAAAAGCCCAGCUGGGAUUACGAUUAUGAUGCUAAAGUGGUGGACUUGGACCAAUGUCUGAGUAAGAAGCCAGUGGAGGAAAGUGCGUGUCACCCUUACAACACCAGAGAGAGCAUGUCUGAGGUCCAAUCUCUCAGCUCCUUCCAGUCUGAGUCCUGUGACGACAAUGAGUCAUUCUCGGCUCAUGAACACAAGAACCCAAGAGGCUAUCAUUGGGACACAUCUGACUGGAUGCCGAGCGUUCAACUUCCUGGAAUCCAGGAGUAUCCUCAGUAUGAGGUAGUGGAGGCCCCACGCACCCUUUACAGUGACCCCGCCUUGCUGGACACAGACUACUAUACAGGUGGAUAUGACAUUGAAAGCGACUUCCCUCUCCCACCUGAUGACUUUCUUGCCCACGAUGACCUGCCCCCUCCUCCGCCCGUGCCAGAAUAUGGGGAGCGCUAUGACACAUUGCAAGUAUCCAAGCGAGGGCUAAACAGCACCCCGUCUAGCCCCGGGUCUGUGGUCCACCAGCGCCCACCUUUACCCCAACUCUACAGCCUCACGCAGUUCAUACCCCACCACCAUUACUCUUCAAACCCAGAACCCCAGACCAACCCCACCAAUACCAUCACAUCAUCAACCGCUGGAUCCCCUGGAGGAUACCGGCGAGGUGGCUUCCCACUGGGCUACGGCUGUGACUUCGAUCCCCCUGCCGCUGAUAACAUGUCUCUGUCACUAUACACGUCCACGGCGUCUUGCUCUGACAUGUCGGCAUGCUGCGAGGAGUCAGAGGUGAUGAUUAGCGAUUACGAGAGUGGAGGAGAGGAGGAGGAAGGGCAGUUUAAAAGGCUGGUCAAACUGCCGCUGGACUCUCAACAACAGCAUACUGAAGUCUGACACUGGAUCCAACAGCAGAAUGUCAAAAGUGCCUAAAUGAAACCCUGCAACAGGAGACUGUGUAUUAAAUGUGCAACAUACACAGUACACGGUUAACGUAAAUGCCAAACCCUCACACAUACACACAAAUGAAUCUUUCUCUCACUGAAGAAAGGUGUUGGACUUGACUGAACACAAGUUCUCUCAAGUAGCUCUUGUGGGCUUUAUUAUUAUUAUUAUUAUUUAGUAUUGGAGAAAGUAUAAGACUUGGCUGUGCCAUUAAAGAACACCAAUCAUCAUGCACAUGAUGUCUGACAAAACCAUUCUGAGAUGUACAAUUUACACAGAAAAUAACUAUUUUGUCAUGGAUAAUAGUAAAGCAUCAUUUCAAGGUGAUAUCUGUAUUUGUAUAGAUAAAACCAUGCAAACUGAUUUUUAUACAAAUCCUCAUUCAUUUGAAUUGUAAAUUUUAAUGUACAGUUUUGAUUUCAAGGUUUUACUAGGUUUUUGUAGAUAUUUGUUUUCCAAAAAAGUAGUAUACCAACCCAAAUGGUGUGUCUUUAUCAACUUUACUGUAUGAUCAUUCAGAAGCAAAAUAAAAAAGCAGAAGAGAAUAAAUUAAAGAUAUGAAUGUGUGAUCAUCACAAGCAUUUAAGUCAGAAAGGCUUAACUGAUGGUCGUCUGCAUAAUCUUGUGAUGUGUAUUUUUUUUAUUUUAUUAUUAUUAUUUGUUUGUAAAUUGUGACCUUGAAACAUCUGUAUUUUUUUUCCACCAUGAAAAUGGGACCCAAUAUAUUUAUAUUGCGAGAUUAUUCACAGACAUGACUUUUUCAGGGGUCUGCGUGUGUGUGUGUGUGAGCAAUGCUAUGGUCUUGUUUUAUGAUUUUUAUUAAAUACUGCCAAUAGCUUAACUGCUUUACUACUGGCAAUAAAUUAUUCUCUAAAAUGGGUUUGCCUUGUAUGCAGUUAUUCAUGCACAUUUAUAAACCAUUCAAGAGAUGUUAUAGAGCUAUCUGGCAUUAUUCAGGGCACAACUGAUUUGAACAGUGUAUUACAUUUUAUAUUGA